AUAUAUCGAUUGUUAAUACAUCCAUUUUGACGUGAUUAUUCCGUACCAAACUUUAUUAUUAUUUACAUUAUAAUAUCUAUCAUUUCGUAAUAAAUUAAAUAUUAUCAAAAUUUUCUAAAUUAUCACAGAAAAUGUUUAACAAAAUAAAAAUAUUAUAAUCUCGCUUAUAUCAAGGUUCCUUUUAUAUCAUUUUUAUCGUAUUAUGAACGAGUAGUACUUUUUUUAUUGUUUUAAUUUGAAUUUUGAAAAAAAUGGGGGAAUUGGAGGUAAAUUCGAACGCUUUAAAAGUGAGUGGAAAACAACACGUAAAAGACGGUGUUAUAGAUUUUAUAGGAGGAUCUCUUGGAGGGAUAGCUUUAGUUUACGUAGGACAACCUUUAGAUACGAUCAAAGUCAAGAUGCAAACAUUCCCAACGUUAUACAAAAACAUGUUUGAUUGUUUCACGACAACUUUCAAAACUGAUGGUAUUCGGAGAGGGUUAUACGCCGGUACAGUCCCAGCUUUAGCUACGAACGUAGCGGAAAAUUCAGUUUUAUUUUUCGCUUACGGUUUUUGUCAAAAAUUUAUGCAAAAAAUCACAAAAUGCGAAACCGUAGAUAAACUUAGUGUCACCAGUAACGCCACUGCUGGUUUUUUAGCAGCUUUCUUCUCUUCUCUAGUCAUUUGCCCAACGGAAUUGAUCAAAUGUAAAUUACAAGCGAUGCAUGAAGUUAAAAAACAACAAGCCCAUUUGGGAGUACAAAUCAAAAGUAUGGGUCCCUUACAACUUACAGCCGAUGUUUUUAAAACUGAAGGAUUCAAAGGACUAUUUAGAGGAAUGAUUCCAACACUCGUGCGAGAAAUGCCAGGAUAUUUCUUCUUUUUCGGCGCCUAUGAAGGUACUAGAGAACUUUUACGGAAACCAAACCAAAAGAAAGAUGAUAUUGGUUUAGUGAAAACUAUGAUAGCCGGAGGUAUGGGAGGAGCAUGUUUUUGGACGAUUCUUUUCCCUGCCGAUGUAGCAAAGUCUCGCAUACAAGUAAAUAAUUUAAACGAAAAUAUGGUGAGCCUCAUCUUCAGGAUAAGUAGACAAGAAGGUAUAGGUGCUUUAUACUGCGGGUUAUUACCCACUUUGAUUAGGACGGUACCUUCAACUGCCUCUUUGUUUGUUACCAUCGAGUAUAGUAAAAAGUGGAUGCAGCACAUGUCCAAAGAUUUGUGAACGUGAUUGUUGUUAGUAUGUGACGGUAGAUUCCAAAAAGAGGAGAUUAGAUCUGAAAAAAUUGUUAAAAAUCGAUUUUAGAACAGUUUUUUUCGUUAUUUUCCAUUUGGGUUUUUAUAUUUCUGUAUACUUGGAUCGAAAUGUUUCUACUACUAUUGCAUAAAUAUCUCGGAAUAAUAAUAAUGACUUUUUUCUCAAGUUUCGGUAAUAAGGGCAAUCAAUUUGUUGGUAUUUUGCUCCAAUUUUCUCAUAAACAAUUCCGCAUUUCUUCUCUCGAGUAUGGACUACAAUAACGGACGUUCUUAUCAAUUUCUUCCCACAAAAGUUCAAUGGAAUUGAGAUCAGGGCUUCGAGGAGACAUAUUAUCACCCUUUGUGGUUCUUUCUCUUCCAAAUAUCCCCUGCAUAAUUCGGAACUAUCCUUGGGUUUAUUGUCCUACUGGAAAAUGAUUUUUUUUUUCAAUUUUAAUAUCAAGUUAUGCUACAAAUAUAUAAUGAGUCCCGAAUUAAGAUUUUUAUUGAUCGAAUCACUUUAUUUAACUCUGUAUGUUUGUCUUGAUGGAAUUUUUUAAUUAAUAUUUAAAUGAUUCCAAUUGACUUGAUUCCGAUGAUAAUUAAAUGAAAAAUUCUCAUAAUAAUUGAUCAUUCAGUGAUAUCCAUUUAAACAAUUGUAUUAAAACUGUUUGUAGUUGAAUUUUUUCAAUGCACUCAAUUUAAAACAAUUAAACUUUGAAAAUAAUUGUCCAAUUUCGGUUUUCAUUCAUUUUCUAAAUAAAACGACUUUUAAUUGAUUCACAAAAUUAUAACGAAUUCAAAAGUCACUCAAUAAUAUUUUUUUAAAAAUAAAUUUCUUGUGAAUUUAUAGCUCUUGAAUUUUGGUAGACCCUGUAUUAAUUUUCUAAAACAAUAUUUAAUCAAAUGUUAUCAACGUGCCUUUUACUCACAUAUAUUGUUGAAAUGAUGCGAAAUAUAUUUUUUUAAAUAUUUAAAUUAUCCUAUUUGUGUACAGUGUGUUUCAAAAAUUUGUGUUACAAAAAAUUUUAAUAAUUUGGACAUAAAUUUUUUUCGAAAACGACAAACUUUUUUACGAUAUAAAUUUGUUUCUUAAUUUAUGAUCCCUAUCAGGAUGAUUACCUAUACAGUGGUACUUGAAACUCAUAUAACAAACGUGGUUUUAAAUGACACGAGUUUAGAAACAUACUGUAUUAUUUGGACUGUUUAUGAACAAAUGCAUUUAUCGGAAAGACGUGGAAUAAUCAUUUAUUUUAAUUGUUUUAUAUGAAUAUUUUUCAUUUCUAAUUGUACUAUUUUUAUAUGAUAAACGAUAAUUGAAAAACAAAA